CGUUUCACCGGCAUCAAGUGCACCCCAAACACUCACACACACUCUUACUGCGCACCACAUACACACACACACACCCGGUGCAUGCUGCAGACUGGAUUGUCCAUUGUUGUUCAGAUCUUUACCAUGAAAUAAAGCAGGACUUUCUCCUGGAAUAAAGCAGCAGCUGUUUGGAGAUCUUCUCCUCCAUCAGGCUCUAUGAUCUAACAGGUGUGUUUCUGUAUUAGAGAUGGGACCCGUACCCCUGAGUCUCCUGCUUUCUGUACUGUUCCUGCUGUGUAUCUCUCCAGCUCUGAGCUCAGGUGACGAUGACUACACCUGGCCGCAGAGGAAGAUGCCGCUCGUGCUCGACAAACGCACAGUGCGUCUGAGCGCCUCGAGCUUCUCGUCUGAGCAUCAGUCAGAGCUGAACGGCACGUGUGGGAUCGAAUGUCAGCGUGAGUUUCCGGAGCCGAGCUUGGAGGCUCUCCAGAAGAUGCUUUCUUACGAAACCAUGUACGAGAACGGCACACGCACACUCACGUCUGUCAUGCUGCAAGAGGUCAUGGCCGAGAACACGUCUUCAUCCUCCACAUCCCGGCGUAAACGUGAAGUCUACGGCCCGGACACACGCUUCACCAUCUCCGACAAGCAGUACUCGAUGAAGUAUCCGUUCUCCACCGCCGUGAAGAUUUCCACCGGCUGCACUGGUGUGCUUGUGUCACCCAAACACGUACUGACCGCUGCUCACUGCAUCCACGACGGCACGGAUUACAUCAAAGGAGCAGAGAAGUUAAGCGUUGGAGUUCUGCGUGACAAGAAAAAGGGAGGAAAGAGAAGACGUGGGAAGGGCAGAAAGGAGGAGGGUGAGGCAGAGAAAGUGGAAACGGAGAUGGGGGGAAAGAAACGAGAGCGAAAGUCUAAAGGUCGGAAGAGUCGGAACAAGCGGAGCGCGGAGUCUGGAAAGCCAACGUUUCGCUGGACGCGCGUGAAGAAGACACAGAUCCCCAAAGGCUGGUUUAAAGGUGUGUCAGACAGUGCAGAGGCUGAUUACGAUUACGCCGUGCUCGAGCUGAAGAAGGCACAGAAGGUGCACCACAUGGAGCUCGGAAUCAUCCUGUCUGUGAAAAAGCUUCCCGCUUCACGCAUCCACUUCUCAGGGUUUGAUGACGACCGGCCCGGGAACCUGGUGUACCGGUUCUGCUCCGUUUCAGACGAGUCCAACGACCUCAUGUACCAGCAGUGUGACGCGAAGCCCGGAGCGAGCGGUGCCGGUGUGUACGUGCGUCUGAAGGAGCCGGGGAAGAGGAAGUGGAAGCGGAAGGUCAUCGGCGUGUUUACGGGGCAUCAGUGGGUGCAGGUGAACGGCCAGCAGCAGGAUUAUAAUGUAGCUGUGAGAAUCACGCCGGUGAAAUUCGCACAGAUCUGUUCCUGGGUACACGGAGACUCCAGCAUGUGCCAAAACACCUAAUGGAAUAAAACUACCCUGCCUUUUACCCCAUUAACCCCCAACACCCUGCUCUCACACUUUAUAACCUUGGAGUUAUCCAAACAGUGUGAAGUUUAGCAGUUUACACUUAUAUUCAAAACACCGUCUGCACCUCCCAUACCACGUCUACCCUGUCCAUAACCACCUCUGCCCCUCCAUCAGACCAAUCUGCCCCUUCUCCUUCCCCAUCUGCCCCUCCCUUGCCCUAUCUGCCCCACCCAUUACCCUGUCUGCCCCUCCCUUACCCCAUCUGCCCCCUUUCUUACCCUAUUUUUUUUUCACAUCAGCUGCACUCAUCUUUUUCACUUGUCUUCUUACCCCAUUUCUUUAUCCCGAGUCUUUAACUAUUUCUGUUCUUUAUAAAAUUAUUCCCAAAAACAGCAUUUUAAAUCCAGGCGAGAAAAAGGUCAGCAUUAAUGUAUUUUUUUUAUAAUGAAUUAUUGUAUUGUUAUUAUUAUUUUAAUCAUCCUAAAGUCUCAGGGCUCCAGUCAGACCCUGUACUUCCUUCUGCACCGACCAUUCAUCACUGUAACACCAACAGCUCAUAAACAUCAUUUAUUUUUAGUUUAAAACAAACCUGCUAAAAAGUUGUUGUUUUUUAGGAUUCACUUGAUUUAAAACAGCUUUGAAAAAUUAAAAUAAAACAACUUUUUAUUUUU